AGUUAUUGGCUUGAAUGACUUAUUUGUCAAACUGAGUGAACGCGUUAAGUUAAAUUAAUAGAAAUCAAAAGCGUUAUUGCAAAAAUGUUAUUUACCGCCGUGUUCUUGCUUUUGUUCAUAUCUGCGAGCGUUCUUAGUAGCAACAGUAAUACGAACACCGUGAACGGUGAACAAUAUAUCUUCGACUUCACUGGAUCGGACGGCGUGGACGGAUGGCAGGAACAAUCUGAUACCGUGCGCUCUGUGGGAAUGUCCAAAGCAGUUCUAGUCAUGCACCAGAACACUGAUUACAAACGAGCUAUAUUCUUCGCCCUGCUAAAUCCUCAGACAAACGGGGCAGGGUUCGCUGGAGUCAGGGCUUUAAGGAAAUAUGAUUUGACGGAGCACACGAAGUUGCAGUUGCGGUGCCGAGCCCAGGGACAGUUCAACGGCUUCAAAGUCGUCUUACGGCAUAAGGAUUUAAACAACGAGCCAAAUUGUUCCUUUGAGCAAUAUUUUCAAGGUCCAAAGAAUGAAUUUGCUGUCCGUGAUCUGCCCUUUUCAGAAUUUAAAGCAUACUAUCGUGGCAAACGAGUCAGUAACGAGACCCUAGAUAUAUCCCAAAUAACUAGUAUUGGUAUUCAAAUGUAUGGAGGAGUGUACCAGCCCGUUAAACAGAAAGGUCCUGCAACUUUAGAGAUAGAUUGGAUAAAGGCAGUAUAGCAACUUUUAACAAAGAGUUUAAAUGAUGAGCGAUUGUAAUGUAAAUACACUAUUUU